AUGCAGAUCGCGAGGGUUAAGGUGCAUGGCAGUAGGGUGUUCGCGGUGCAGAGGGGGGCGGACGAGCUGGGCACGGUGGUGAUGCUCCGAAGGGGGCUGUGGAUGAAAAUCGGCAAGGGUUCAAGCGAGGUCUGGAAGGCCGCGGGACAGCUGCUCGAAGGUCUGCAUGAACUGCAUCAGAACAAAAUCAUCCAUCGGGACCUCAAGUCUGCCAAUAUUUUCAUCUCCAAAAGCUCAUACAAAAUCGGGGACUUUAACGUUUCAAAGGUGCUCAAGGAAGGCAUGGCGAUCACCCAGACCGGCACGCCCUACUACGCCAGCCCCGAAAUCUGGCGAGAAAUGCCUUACAACGAAAAAUCUGACAUUUGGUCUCUCGGCUGCAUUCUCUACGAAAUGUGCGCCCUCCGUCCGCCCUUCGUGGCGACCACCAUGGCCGAUCUGGCCAGCAAGGUCACCCGCGGCAGGUUUGAACACAUCUCCAAGAAAUACUCUAAAGAGCUGAAUGCCUUCAUCGCCUCGAUGCUGCGGGUAAACCCCCAUCACCGCCCCACCAUCGCAGAAAUGCUGCAGAAUGAGAACAUUCCAGCAUCGAGCGCCAUGAGAGGAAGGAGAGCAUGCUGCUGCGGACUAUCAAGGUGCCUAAAAAUCUACGGAAAUUAA